AUGAAUGCCACAGUCGUCGAUGAUGCAGUGCCUUACACUACCGACACCGGAAAACCAGCCAAAAGAGGCGACGCCUACAUAUUCGUAGUAGGAUUCUUUUGUAUCUUCGUACUCCUUAUUAGUUUCACUUACGCUUCUUACAUCUGCAAGAAAUCUCGAUCACAACAACCAACUACAAUCUCGUUUGAUACCAUAUAUAAUGAGGAUAUAGAAAACCGGCAUCAUCAUCUCAUGUCGAGGUUCUCUGAUCGGGGCCUUGAUGACAAUGUUCUUGUUACGUUCCCUAUGUUUCUUUACUCCGACGCCACGAUGCCUCACAAAGACGAAUGCUCGAUUUGUUUGGCAGAUUAUAAGCCAGCAGACGUGGUAAGGUUAUUACCAGAAUGUGGGCACUUGUUUCAUGUCAAGUGUAUCGAUACGUGGUUGAAGGCUCAUCCUACUUGUCCCGUGUGUCGAAACACCCCAAUUGCUAUGCCAUGA